UUGAAGCAGAAGGAUGCCAAGUAUGGCGCUGCUGGUGUGUGCAACGGUGGUGGUGGUGCUUCCGCCUUGGUUAUCGAACGCUUGUAAACAAUGCUGUAACAACUUGAAGAUUUGUGAAAGAACUUGACCUUUUAUGGUUUAUACUGGCUUGGCAAAGCAAAGAGUUCAUGCAUUAGAACACAAAUGCCCCUUUCACAAUCUUGCCUCCCUUUCCUCUGUCGCUAACUCUUGCUUUCUGUUGUUUUUCCCGUCUUCCUUCCUUUUUACUUGACAUUCCAUAAUCGUUUUAUUCUUCUUUUUAUAUCUAUAUUAAAACACCAACACCAACGUCAACAUCCAACACACACUAUGCUGACAGGAGAAGAUAUCGCAUGGGUCAUUUAUAGCACCAUAUUGAUUUUGUUGACUACGGUACUCGCCGUACGGUGUCGACACAACCUCCUACUACUUCCAUUCAUCGUUUUUGCAAUUUUAUCAACAAUUUCACAUCUUGUCAUGCUUGCACGACGAUACCAGAGCGAUUCUGUCAUACUUUUAGCGGAUCGUAGCCCCAUCAUCAACCAUAUACCCAUCUUUUCACUCCUCCUGUACGCGGCACUGAUCGAGUGCCAGCUUAUGUAUAUUCAGCAUGUAAAUACCUCUUACCAGAACCGUGACCACUGGAACAGUAGAGACCUAGACGAUCCUGAGAAGCAACAGCAACGGCGUCAACGACAAUCUCAGCAGCAAUCCCAACAAGAGCAGCAGCAGCAGCAGCAACGCAAACAGAACUCGAUUCGGUUAAAAAGAUCAAAAACGUACUGGGCAAAUGUUUGCAUGCUCAUCACGUACACGUGUCUAGUCGUUGCGCUUGUUUGUGUCCGUCUGGCAUUGAACGACAAUCUUGGCUCCACUAGGCUAAUCAUGGCUCUGUGCAUCACAGCACUGGCUGUUUUAGCCGCCUCCAAUGCACUGUUUGUUUUCUUGGCUGUUGUCCCAACACCACGAUCAUCAUCAUCGUCAACAACAGCAACAGCAACAGCGGCAUCGACGAAAACUAAUAACUUAUAUCGUGAUGGAUGUUUUUUGAAAGCAACAAUGCUCUCAUUUACUAUAUCCAUGAUCGGCAUGGCGGCUGAAGCUUGGCUCUUUUUCAGCAUGAUAGUGACUCACGAAACUUACAAUUUUACAACUCUUGGCUGGAUCAUGUUUGAAACAUGCUUGGUGUAUCUGCCCAUUUUCGCUAUACUGAUAAUGUGCCUGUUUGUCAGACAAAUCCAUCUACUUGGCUUACAACAAGCGACGACAGCUGAAGCACGAUGUUUACGCUUUUUACGCCAGCGAAGACGAAAACGGAGAUCAGCAGCAGCAGACCAUGAAGUGGACGAGGAUGAUAUAUAUAGUGAUCAACAACAACACCAACAACAGCGAUUUAGCCAUGAUGCAGCAUCAGAAGCAGCAACUGGCUUAAGGCGCCCGGACGCUGCAGCCUUAUCAAACAAUAUGUAGCUCCUCAACUAUAGCGAGCAGCCGCCAAAAAGAAUCGCAUGUACUAUUAUAUAUCUUUCCUUAAUUCCUUCUUUUAACUCAACAAGUCAACCCAUCCCCUAUUUUAGCCAAGGUGUAUGUGUUUCCGUGUGGUGUGUGAUUCA